AUGACUUCUGAAGUUUAUCUGGAAAUCGUGGGUUUGAUGAAAGAACACCAUUUUCAAAUUGCUAAGAGCAUUGCCGAGGGACUGAAACAGAAGUUUCCCACCUCGUUUUUGGAUCCAACAAUUCGUCCAUUACUCGAAUGUGACUGGCAUGUGUAUCUAACCAAUAAGAAAAGGGAGCUGAAAGGGGAGGUGUGGCAGUUCUCCAGCAACCUCAUGUGUUUCGUGAAUGGUUGUCUCCUUGGCAACGAGAAGGACCUGACCAGCUGGGCUGAGAAGCAGUGGGAGUUUACACUUAUCCGUCCACAUGCACUAUACCUGGCUCUCGCUGACGACUACUACUCUAAACACCUCCACAGCACUGGGCACACGUUUGUUUACAUGGACAUUUCGAUCCGAGGGGAAUCGGUUGGGAGAUUACUGUUUGAGCUGUUUACAGAGCUGUGUCCGAAGACGUGUAAAAACUUCCAGGCUCUGUGUACAGGGGAGGCAGGCCUGUCACAGAGUGACUUAACGCUGUCCUACAAGGGUUCUGUGUUCCAUCGUGUGGUGCCCAACGGCUGGAUACAGGGGGGAGAUAUUUCGGCACCAGGCAAAGGCAACGGAGGGGAGUCAAUCUACGGGCCAACUUUUGAAGAUGAGAGCUUUGCAGUCUCCCACAGUAGGAGGGGCAUCCUGGGAAUGGCCAACCAGGGUCCUCAUAGCAACAGCUCUCAGUUCUACAUCACCCUGCAGCCCGCCCUUUGGAUGGACAGAAAAUAUGUGGCUUUCGGUCAAGUGGUUGAAGGCACAGAGGUUCUGAGGAGACUUGAAGAAGUCCCAACCUACAAUGAAAGACCCAAACAAGACUGUAAAGUAGCAGACUGUGGAGUGUUUGAACCCUGA